CAGAAGAGUUCAUUAUUAUUAUUAAUGGAAGCUCUGCUGCUGCUGCUGCUUAUAACAAUAAUAAUAAUAAUAUAAUGGAAUCUCCUUGCUCUUGCUCUGGUACUAUCAAGUUUGCACACAGAGAGUGUAUCCAGAGAUGGUGCAAUGAAAAGGGCAAUACUGUUUGCGAGCUUUGUUCCCAGAAGUAUGAACCUGGAUACACGGCUCCUAAAUUGGUUGGCGCAACCACUACAGCGGCCAUUAGGUACGCACUUUGAUCAAUUAUUUAGUUAAUUAGUGACUUUUUUGGGUGCCAAUCACAGUUAAUUCUUAACCUACAUAUCAUAUUUUUUAAUAAUAAUUUACCUGAUAUUUUACCCUAUCACAUCAAUGGAGAUUUUAAAAAAAAUUGAUACAAAAUUAUCCUAUCUCUUAAAUUUCUUAAAAGUUAUGAGGGGGAGGAAGUAAUUAUUUAGAAAUAUACUUUUGAAAUAUAAUAUUGUUAUAUUCAAUAUUUCUACAUGAAUAGAAAUAUUUAUGAUCAAAAUCUUGCAUUAAAAGGUGUACAAAAAUCGAAUGAAAAGAAAGUCAUGAGAAGGCGCUAGAGAAUAUAGUAACAAUUUGUUUGUAAUACAUAUAUACUCGGUGAUUAAUUGUGAGUACAAAUAAAUUAAAUGAAUUAUUGCAUAACAACAAAGAGGGAGCGUGGAGAUCUCAAUAAGUUCAGAGGAUGAUGAUGACGACGAGGAGGAAGAGGACAGCGCUUCCAUUUGUUCACCAGCUGAUGAUGAUGAUGAUGAUCAUCAUCACCGCCGCCGCCGCCAACGCUCUUCCAAUUCGUGUUGUACAUCAUUCGCCCUCGUUGUAAGCAUAUAUGCAAUUCAUAACACACAUAAUAAUUUUCGUCUCAUAAAAUUUUUCUCCUGUUUUUUUCAUCCGUCUUAAAAAACUUUUUUUAUUUCUAUUAAAAAAAUUACUUUUUAUCUUAAUAAAUCUUGAUCACAUAUCUAUCACAUCACAUUUUUUCAUUAUUAAUUAUAUUACCUAUCACAUUUACUAUUACCCAUCACAUCCAAUGUUAUUUUUGGAAAAUCAAAACUAAAAUACACGUCUUUUAAAUCUUUUAAAAGUCAAACCAAAAAGAUUUAAUAAAGAAAUAUUUGCACUAAAUAGCAUUAAAACUUAAGUCAUUUUUCUAAUAGCAUUUAAACUGUUUUAUUCUCUAAAUAACACUAAAUAAUGUCCAUAGUGUCCAGUGAUGACCAACAUUUACUUGAAUAAUGACUAAUAAUGGAUAAUGAAUAAAAGUGUUACAUUGGAAAAAAAUUAAAACAUAUUUGAUGCUAUUUAGAGAAAGUCAUUAUGUUUUAGUGUUAUUUACUUAAAUAUCACUAAAACAUAAUGACUUUUCCUAAAUAGCAUUGUGUUUUUCUUCCCAAUGUAGCACUUUUAGUCAUUAUUCAAGUAAAUAUUCGCCAUCACUGGACAUUAUUAAGUGCUAUUUAGAGAAUAAAAUAAUUUAAGUGCUAUUUAGGAAAAUGACUUAAGUUUUAGUGCUAUUUAGUGCAAAUAUUUCUUAAAUUAAUUUUCUUUAUAUAAAUUGCAUGCAGAUCACGUUGUUGCUUCUAUUGAGGAAUGUAUACGAGGAGUUGGUUGUAGAUGAAGAAGAGAAGUAUGAUGAUCCACCAUUCUCGGUUCCAACUGUUUUGAUUCUGAAGGCAAGUGGGAUAUUCCUCCCCAUGUUUGUCCUUUCUCGGAUACUCGCCUUAAUCCUCAAUACCAUUCGUAAUUAUGGUCGCCAACCCCCCCAACGCUCCUAUUACUACUAAGCGGUUAGUAUGUUUUUUUUUUUAAUAUUUGUGUUCUUAUUUUUAUAUUUGUGUUAAAAUAUUUUUUUCAUUCAAUUAUGAAGUAUUUUUUAAAGCUUCUGAAUAAACGAAGGAUGCAAUGUGGGAUCGUAUCGAGGAGAAAUUCUUUGCGACGAUGAACAAGGACGCCUCGUAGCGUACCUGAGACCAACUCACUUCCAAAUGGGGCCACAUCAACAGUAAAGUUUGAAAGUUUAUCGGAGUUUACGAGGAAUGCUCUCGGUCCCGGAAGAGCGGAAUGAAUAAUGUUGAUGUUCUGCGGCAAGCCACCGCCCGGUAUCAAGACGACCAACACCAAACCAAGGUCCCCGUCGAUCUUUGGAGAAUUUUAAGUCAUUCACCAAAAUGGAAACAACUCAACAGCUCUGAGACCGGAUCCUCAAAGAAAAGACCCUCCGCCGAGGUUGAGGCCGAUGAGACUAUCGGCUCUUCGGAACAAAGGCCUCCCUUCAACCUCGACGGCUCCAUGGACGAGAACCCCAUUCCACGGCGCAAUAGAAGAAAGAGGUCGAAAUAAUGGAAACCAACCUUGAUACGUUAUCGGACUUUAAACGUAUUAUAUUUUACGAGAGAAGACAAAAAGAGAUCAAUGCCAAAAAUAAUUCACCUUAAUUUUUUUUAUUAAUAAACUUUUUUAUUAAAUGUUUUUUAAUUGAAUGUACUUCCUCCAAUCCGUUCAGCCCGUUCUUGAAAAUAUUUCCGCUCUAAUUUUUUGUGCACCUUAUAAAAUAUUUUUGCUUUAUUUUUGCUCUAAUUCCAAAGUUUGUGGGUAGAUGAGAGUGGAGUGCAUUGAUUGUAAGAUCAGGUAUAGUAUUUUCCAAAACUAGUCAAAUCUUUGACUAAUAAUCUUUUGAAUAAAAUCCCAAAUAUAGAAAAAAGGUUAUUUGUUCACUCUAAUUUAUAAAACCCUCGGAUUUUAAUUUUUUUCUAACGAAUAACAACUACUCCCUCCGUCCCCCAGUUUUUGUCCACUUUUGACUUUUGGAAUUGUUCAUCUAAUCACUUUGACUCAUCAAAUUCUCUCAAUGUGUAAGCCUAAAUAUAGUCAUGGUUUAGGUCUUCUUAAUUAACUUUCUCCGUUUUGUUUUUUCGUCGCCAAAGGUGUCCGACACGGUGGUGCGUGGAGCCCUACAAUGCGACACACACUCUCUCUAUAUGACAUCGAUCUGUUUUGGCACUCUAAAGCUCAUCACCACUCCAAGUUGUAACUUAAAAGGGCAAUUUAUUCCUGCUGGAAGGAUUUUCUAUUUCUCUGAAUAAAUUGACCAAAAUUCAUUGGACCAUAUCAUGGCGAAGCAUCAGCAGCGGCAGCAGCUAAUUCCCCCAUUAAUAACAAGGAGGCCUAUUUGCUUUUCUAUCACCCUCUGCUUUGUGGCAGUGGCGAUUACUGUUUUGCUCAUUCUCGUGUCCAUUAGGGUUGCCGAU